CCAAACACCACUCACCCAUGUCGACCCAACCUGUCAAACUCCUGGGCAAGGAUAUUGCUCCCAUUGGCUUUGGUCUGAUGGGGCUUACCUGGCGAUUCCCACCACAGCCAGCAGCUGCCAGCUUCCAAGCCAUGGACACGGCCAUGUCGCAGGGCCUCAACUUCUGGAAUGGCGGCGAACUUUACGGUACUCCCGACCGUCACUCGUGCCAUCUGCUCAAUGAAUACUUUACCCAGCACCCAGAGCACGCCGACAAGGUUGUCCUCAGCAUCAAAGGAGGCACCGAGCUAGGUAGCUUGAAGCCUGACGGUUCCGCCAAGAAUGUACGCAGGAGCGUUGAAGACUGCCUGCGCAUACUCGACGGCAAAAAGACCAUUGAUCUGUUUGAGUGCGCCCGCGUCGACCCGACUGUCCCAUUUGAGGAGACCAUGGGAACCCUGGCCGAGCUGGUGCGCGAGGGUAAAAUCGGUGGCAUCGGCCUGUCUGAAGUCAAGGCCAGCACCGUCGAGCGCGCCCACAAGAUCCACCCAAUCGCCGCCGUUGAGGUCGAGUUGUCUCUAUGGGCCACCGACAUCCUCGAAAAUGGCGUCGCCGAAACCUGUGGCCGCUUGGGCAUCCCCGUGGUCGCCUACAGUCCCCUUGCCAGAGGCGCCUUGACCGGCAACCCCAUCCGCAAGAACGCCGAGAUCCCUGACACCGACUUCCGUAAACAUCUGCCGAAAUUCCAGGAUGACGCGCUCGAGUACAAUAACCGCAUCACCGACGAGGUCGCCAAGUUGGCCGACAGGAAAGGCGUCACCAGGGCCCAGAUUGCCAUUUCCUGGGUCGCUGGUCUGAGUGGGAGGUCCUUCACCAACAGGCAUGGCAAUGUCGUCAAACUCGGCACCAUCGUCCCCAUUCCCGGCGCUACCACCUCCGAAAGAGUGAUUGAGAACAGCAAGCUGGUCGAGUUGACCGAAGAUGAGUUUGCCGAGAUCGACGACCUCUUGCGACGAAACCCGACCGUGGGAGCCAGAUAUCCCGCUGCUAUGGCUGCCGUCGUCGAAGGCUAGUUGUUACAGACGCACUUGGCCCGCGUUGAGAGCCACUCGCUUCUUUGGCAUCAAAUAGAAGAUCAAGCUCAUAAAUCUUUUCUUUGUUCAAUAAUGACAAUGGUCCAGGAUAGAUA